UAAAACCAAAGACAAUAUCGUGAGCUUCUGCAGUACUUUUAAGCGGUUAUUGGGAUUAUUACUGCCCAGGAUUGAGCUUUCCAUGCUCUCGAUCCCUCAAACAUGAAGACAUGUUUUGAAUUCAUUGUGCUCCUAAUCAUCUUGACCCUUCAAGGAUCACUGCAGCAAAGAAUCAUUGGAGGACAGGAGGUUCAGCCCUAUUCCAUCAAAUAUCAGGCUUCUGUUCAGUACAACAACUAUCAUUACUGCGGUGGGACUCUCAUACAUCCACAGUGGGUGGUUUGUGCUGCCCACUGCUGGAGGCCGAAUUAUUUAAUCCGAGUGGUUCUGGGUGAACAUGACCUCUCCAUAAAAGAGGGCUUUGAGCAGGUGUUCAAUGUGUCGAAAGCGCUGGUCUAUUACAUGUAUAACUACAGGACAUUUGAUGGUGACCUCAUGCUCUUAAAACUGGAGAAGCCGGCAGAGCUCAAUGCUUAUGUUCAGCCAGCCGUAAUGCCGGUUUCAAGCAGUCCUCCCUUACUACCGGCCACAACAUGCACAGUGAGCGGCUGGGGCGUCACGCAGGUGUACAGUUAUUACCUGUCACCUGUCCUCCGAGCUGUGGACGUCCUUAUCAUCCCUCAGUGUCAAUACUACUAUUACUACAGAAUAACAGACAACAUGGUGUGCGCUGGCUAUCCGUUGGGUGGAAAGGAUUCCUGCCAGGGCGACUCUGGCGGUCCUCUCAUCUGUAAUGGUUUGUUUGAGGGCAUUGUGUCCUGGGGCAUCAGUUGUGCCAACCCGUUCUUCCCUGGAGUCUACACUAAAGUCCGCAACUACGUCUCUUGGAUCAACUGGAUAAUUAAUAAUGACUCGAAUUCUUAAAAGAUACUGAACUGCCACAUUAAAAUGACACCAGAGUAUGACGAUGUGAGCUGAAUAACUGCAUUAAAAGUGGCUUUAAUCUUUUAUAUAAUCUAAUAAAGAAUUUCUUUAUAAACAAUCAAUUUCAUACAAUGUGAAAGAAAAUAAUCCCAAAACACAACAGAGAACACUUAUAAAUGAAUAUUUAGUUUUGGAUAUCAGACUGACUGGAGCAAAUUCAUGUUUA